AUGUCGAUACGCGGAACUGCCUCUCGCCAGUUCCACUCCAUGCCAAUCUCCAUCUCCUCGAGAGCUCCCCCGAUGGCUUCCACCGCUGAUCCGUCUCCGCUCGAGACCCUCCGUCGCCAGACUACGCGCAUAGAGGAGCUCCUCGACUCAGUCUCGGGCCCCGUCAAACCAUACGUGCCUGCCAUCGGCCGCUUCCUCAUCGUCGCGACCUUCAUCGAAGACGCGUUCCGGAUCAUGUCUCAGUGGUCCGACCAGGUCUUCUAUCUCUACUCGUACCGCCAUAUCCCUCGCUUCAUCGUCAUCAUCUUCCUCUUCUGCAACAUCGUCGCCAUGCUCGCCGGAUCCUUCUGCGUCAUCACCCGCAAGUACACAAUCUACGCCGUCGGCGCGCUCGUCGGCGUCGUCGUCUCCCAGGCAGUCGGCUACGGCCUGAUCUUCGAGCUCAAGUUCUUCCUCCGUAAUCUCUCCGUCAUCGGCGGCCUCUUGCUCGUUCUCUCAGACACCUUCUCGCAGCGCCGUAUGACCUUCGCCGGCCUGCCAAACAUGGACCAGAAGGACAAGCAAAUGUACUUCCUCCUCGCCGGCCGCGUCCUCCUCAUCUUCCUCUUCCUCGGCUUCGUCGUCUCCGGCGGCUGGACUCUCGGUCGUCUCUUUAUCUCGGCUGUUGGACUUGUCGCUUGCGUUAUGGUCGUUGUCGGAUUCAAAACCAAGCUCAGCGCUAUGUUUCUCGUUCUCCUGCUCAGCAUCUUCAACAUCUGUAUCAAUCACUACUGGACCUACUCGAGCAGCCACCCUAACCGAGAUUUCUUGAAAUACGAGUACUUCCAAACAUUGUCCAUCGUCGGCGGACUUCUUCUAGUCGUCAAUGCCGGUGCCGGAAAGCUAAGCAUCGACGAGAAGAAAAAGAUCUACUAA